AUAGUGUUGUCUGGCAACACUGUUACUCCAAACAGCUGUUCUACCGGCCUUUGGGUGUUCGCUUAUUGUACUUGGUAUGGCAGCAGUGUUUCGCCAGUCAGCUGUUUUGCCGGCCUUUGUUUGUUGUGUUUUUAUUCGAUUACAGCCGCAUUGUACAUUUGCACUGUGAAAAUGCGUUUAUUAGCGCGUAAGGUUUUAGCCAUACAAAUGCGCCAUGCCUCCGGGCAGGCUGCACGACGUCGGGUGGUCAUCACGGGCAGCGGUGCUGUUACUCCUUUGGCCAAUAAUGUGCGCGGGACCUGGGAACGUCUGUUAGCUGGUGAUUCGGCUAUUUCUAGUCUGGGUGAAGAGUUCAAGGGUCUGCCAUGCCAAGUGGCUGCGCAAAUCCAGCGCGAAGGGCUGCCACUGGACAAACAUCUGAGCAAAUCGGAUAUAAAACUGAUGAGCCCUGCCACACAGUUUGCUGUCUUGGCCGCAGAGGAGGCACUAGCGACGGCGCAACUGAAACCCAAGGAACUGAGCGAGGAGCAGCGCGAACGUUUCGGGGUUUGCGUGGGAAUGGGUAUGUUCGACCUGGCGGAAGUGUACGGCACAUGGCAGCAACUGCAACGCGGCUAUAAUCGCGUCAGCCCCUAUUUUGUGCCGCGUCUUCUGCCCAGUAUGGCUUGUGGUCAUAUCAGUAUGCGACACGGCCUACGUGGACCGAAUCAUUCCGUUUCAACGGCAUGUGCCACUGGGGCGCAUGCAAUCGGCGAUGCUCUGCGCUUCAUACGCCAUGGCGAUGCAGAUGUUAUGCUGGCGGGUAGUGGAGAGGCUUGCAUUGAUCCGCUUUCAAUCGCCGGCUUUUGCAGGCUGCGCGCUCUAAGCACGGCCUUCAAUGACAAUCCCGCAGUGGCCUCACGACCUUUUGACAAUUCCCGCGAUGGCUUUGUCAUGGGCGAAGGCGCCGCCGUUCUUGUGUUGGAAGAGUUAGAUCACGCCCGUGCCCGAGGCGCACCCAUAUUGGCGGAACUGCUAGGCUAUGGUUUGUCCGGAGAUGCCUAUCAUAUUACCUCGCCCAGUGAGGAUGGCGCCGGCGCCACACUGGCGAUGCAGCGUGCCCUAAAGGAUGCGGGCCUGGCACCCGAGGACAUUAGUUAUGUAAAUGCACAUGCCACAUCAACACCCACCGGUGAUCGCAUCGAGUCUCACGCCAUUGGCCGUGUAUUUGGCGCACAUUUGCCCAAGGUGCGCGUCUCCUCCACCAAGGGCGCACAUGGCCACUUGCUGGGCUCGUCUGGCAAUUUGGAGGCCCUAUUUGUGGUGCACGCUUGUGCUGAGAACAAAUUACCGCCAUCGAUUAACAUCGAUAAAUUGGAUGAGGGCGUCCUGGUGAAUGUGGUGCGCAAAUCCUGCGCCUGGUCGGAUGGUCGACGUAUUGCGCUAAAGAAUUCGUUUGGAUUUGGUGGCACGAACGCUUCGCUGUGCAUUGCCAGCUACGAUGGCAAGUAGCCGAGCAAUCUGCAUUCUGUUUGUUAAAAUACCUUUUUAUACCAAUAUAUUGUUUGUUAUAUGCUAAAUAAAA